CGUUUUUCAGUACGCAACUCGGUUGCUAAGUAGCGAAAUACAUACAUACAAAUCGACCACUAACGUUUCCGAAAUAAAAAUCCUUAUUUUGACACAAAAAAAAUGCAAAGGUCAUUCUCCAUUGUGGACGAUGAAGAGAGUGAAAAUUUCGAUGACCAAGUCCUCAAAAAAUACGGAGCAUUAUCUGAAAGAUCAAACUCGCAAACAGUCAAUGAUUACGAAAACAAUUUGGCAAAAAUGGCCACUAGACAGUCUUCAGCCAACGACUUCGACUCUGAGAAACAGCUAUCAAAAAUUCCAAACGCCGGCCCUUCAGGCCGCCAAACUGUCUUACGUAAAACAGGCUUGUCGAGUGACAGUGACGAUGACAGUGACGAAGAAAAAAUAAAGGAUGCAAUUCCGGGUGAAUAUGACCCGAAAGAGUACGAAAAUCUCGAUGUUGGGGCCGAAAUAAAAGACAUAUUUCAAUAUAUUACCAAGUACAUCCCCCAACAGAUGAGUUUGGAUCACAAAUUUAAACCCUUCGUUCCUGAAUUUCUCCCCGCUGUUGGCGACAUUGAUGCAUUUUUGAAAGUCAUCCCGCCGAAAACCUUACUCUCUGAUGAGGACUUUGUAACCAAUCAGCAACUCGGGCUAGUUGUCUUAGACGAACCGGCAGCCAAUCAGAGCGAUCCAGCGUUGCUACAUCUACAAUUGAGGGCGGAGUCGGUCAAAACCACCAAUGACAGCGAUGUGGUGGUUAAAAAAAUUGAUAAUGUUGAAAAGAACACAAAAAUUAUUGACAAGUGGAUUAAGGACAUUUCAGCUUUGCAUAAAAGCAAGUCGUUUCCGGCUGUCCGAUACACGGAAUCAAUGCCAGAUUUGGACGAACUGAUGCAAGAGUGGCCCGAAAGUAUGGAAAAACACCUGAGGGAGGAAGGUUUUCCGGAACCGAAAGGAAAUUUGAGUGAUUAUAUAGAGGAAGUGUGCGGGGUGUUUCAAAUUCCGGUUAAAAACAAAAUCCAAGCGUUACAUUUGUUGUUUUCGUUGUAUGCAGCUGUCAAAAGUUCGCAAUUGUUUAAAAAUGGCCAACUUGAGAAAAUUGAAGAAAGUGAGUCUGCUGGAAAUGUUGCUGAUCAGUUAGUGUUGGAUUAGGAAACACCUGGUAUAAUACUGUACGGGUUUUAUUAAAAUUAUAUGAGUUAAGUGAAAUAAGUCAUUAUAACAAACAAAUUAUUUUAAUUAAAGAAUAUUUUCCUUUAGGAUUGAUCUAGAAAAACAAGGUUUAAAAUUCUUGUAACUUAUUUAAAACUUAUUUAACAAUUAAAAUAAUAUUUAAUAAUUUAAUUGAUCUAGAAAAACAAGGUUUAAAAUUCUUGUAACUUAUUUAACAAU